AUGGCACCUUCAACCCAAAAGCAGUGGAGAGUCCAGGGUACUGGAUCUUUCGACAACUUGAAGUUCAACAAGGAAGCUCCUGUCCCUGAGGUUGGUGACAAGGAUGUUCUUGUCAAGUUCCACGGUGCUUCGCUCAACUACCGUGAUUUGAUCAUUGCUGCUGGUGGCUACCCUUUCCCUCAGGAGGACAACGUUGUCCCCGGAUCUGACGGUGCUGGUGUUGUCGAGGCCGUCGGCAAGAAGGUGCAGCGCUUCAAGGUUGGUGACAAGGUCGUUACCCAAUUCAACCAGGGCCACCUUGCAGGUCCUCUUGACAACAAGUCCAUCGCUACCGGAACUGGUGGUGUCAUCGAUGGAUCUCUCCAGCAGUACGGUGUUUACGACGAGCAAGGUCUUGUCCCUCUUCCUAGCAACCUUAACUUCAUCGAGGGUGCUUCUCUGACCUGUGCUGGUCUCACUGCCUGGAACGGUCUCUACGGUCUUGAGGGCAAGAGACUGACCCCUGGUAACUGGGUCCUUACUCAGGGUACCGGUGGUGUUUCUAUCUUCGCCGUCCAGUUCGCCAAGGCUGCUGGUGCCCGUGUCAUCGCCACCACUUCUUCCAAGGAGAAGGGCGAGAAGCUCAAGGCUCUCGGUGCCGACCACGUUAUCAACUACCGCGAGGACCCCAACUGGGGUGAGACCGCAAAGAAGAUCACCGGCGGUGUCGGUGUCAACCACAUCAUCGAGGUCGGUGGCCCCAACACUCUGCAGCAAUCUCUCAAGGCCAUCUGCCUCGAGGGUGUCAUCUCCAUCAUUGGUUUCAUCGGCGGCACCAAUGACAAGCAGCCCAGUCUUCUCGAUGCCCUCGUCAACAUCUGCACUGUCCGUGGUAUCUACGUCGGCAGCAGACAGCAGUUCGAGGAGAUGAACGCUGCCAUUGAGGCCAACAACAUCAAGCCUGUUAUCGACGAGAAGAUCUUCACUCUCGAUCAGCUCAAGGAGGCUUACCAAUUCCAGUGGGACCAGAAGCACUUUGGCAAGGUCGGCAUCAAGAUUGAGUAA